AUGAAGAGUUCUCAUUUACUCUCUUUGCUUCUCAUUCUUCUUCCUCUUCUUGCUUCAUGUACUACUGACCCAAAACAGGUUUAUAUAGUGUACUUUGGACAUCAUGGUGGAGAAAAAACCUUUCAAGAAAUUGAAGAAAACCAUUAUUCAUAUCUUUCCUCUGUGAAAGAGACAGCAGAAGAUGCAAGAUCUUCUCUUAUUUAUAGUUACAAGCACAGCAUCAAUGGCUUUGCUGCACUGCUCACCCCGGACGAGGCCUCAAAACUAUCCCAGAUGGAGGAAGUGGUAUCUGUUCUUCGGAGCCACCCAAAGAAAUACUCUUUGCAUACUACGAGGUCAUGGGAAUUAGCAGGUUUGCAAAAGUGGACGAGGCCACACCACUUGAAGAAGGAAGAUCUAUUAAUGAAAUCAAAAUAUGGCAAUGAUAUUAUUGUUGGCCUGUUGGACAAUGGUAUAUGGCCAGAAUCUAAGAGUUUUAGCGACGAAGGGAUGGGAAAAGUUCCACUCAGGUGGAAAGGAAUUUGCGAAUCUGGAGAUGCCUUCAACUCAUCUAACUGUAAUAAGAAGAUAAUUGGUGCACGAUACUACCUUAAGGGUUACGAAGCAUACUACGGCCCUCUCAACCGAACAAUAGAUUACAAGUCCCCUCGUGACAAGGACGGGCAUGGAACACACACAUCAUCAACUGUAGGAGGCCGGUUGGUUCACAAUGCUUCGGCCAUAGGUGGAUUCGCUGGAGGCACUGCUUCGGGAGGUGUCCCACUUGUUCGACUCGCUAUGUAUAAAGUCUGUUGGGCAGUUCCAGGAGUAGAGAAAGCAGAAGGCAACACGUGCUUCGAGGAAGAUAUGCUAGCAGCAAUGGACGAUGCGAUUGCAGAUGGUGUUGAUGUGAUGAGCAUUUCCAUUGGCACAAGCAAACCUGUUCCAUAUACUGAGGAUGGUAUCGCUGUUGGGGCUCUUCAUGCAAUGAAGAAAAACAUCGUAGUGUCUUGCAGCGCGGGGAACUCAGGUCCUAAUGCGUCUACAUUGUCAAAUCCGGCUCCCUGGAUUAUCACAGUUGGUGCAAGCACCCUAGACAGGGAAUUUAUAUCAUCUGUUGAACUAGGAAAUGGGAUGAAAGUUGAGGGACAAUCAGUAAGUCCAUACACCCUGGAGAAAAAGAUGUAUCCAUUAGUUUAUGCAGCACAAGUUCUAAACCCUGAUGUCCCGAAAAAUGAAUCCGGCCAAUGUUUACCUGGUUCGCUUUCUCCCGAGAAGUCUAAGGGAAAGAUUAUCUUCUGCAUAAGAGGCGUUGGAGCAAGAAUUGGAAAAGGUUUAGAGGUGAAAAGAGCAGGAGGAAUUGGUAUGAUCUUAGGAAAUAGUAAAGAAAAUGGAGAUGUAUUAGACCCUGAUUCUCAUUUUCUUCCUGCAACUGGUGUCACUCAUUUUAGUGCUGUCAAAAUCUUCAAGUACAUAUUCUCCACAAAAGAGCCAAUGGCUUAUAUACUUCGGGGUACAACAGUCUUACACACCAAGCCAGCACCAACUAUGGCCAUCUUCACGAGUCGAGGCCCCAAUACAGUUUCACCCGAUAUUCUCAAGCCUGAUAUCACGGCUCCAGGAGUGUAUAUAUUGGCUGCAUGGAGUGAAGCAUCGUCACCAACAAAAUUAGACAUAGAUCAUCGAGUAGCUAAAUAUAAGAUCUGCCAUGAUAACCUCAGCAGUGGAAUAAAGAAUCUCGACUCUUCCUUCAAGUGUCCAGAAAAUCCGCCCCAUCCUCGAAACCUAAACUAUCCAUCCGUCGCUAUUCCAGAGUUAAAAGGCACCGUGACAGUCCAGAGAACCGUCACUAAUGUUGGAAGCAGUAGGGGUGUGUACUUCGCUAGUGUUAAACCGCCGCCGGGAUUCAAGAUCGAGAUAUCGCCGCCCAUUUUGUUCUUUCACAGUGUUGGGCAGAAGAAGAAAUUCAGCAUUACUGUGAAAGAAGACAGUGAAAUGGUGGGAAGCAUGAAGAAGGAUGAAUAUGCGUUUGGAUGGUACACCUGGUUUGAUGGAAUCCAUAAUGUUAGAAGUCCCAUUGCAAUUUCGAUAGCGUAG